AUGCCACUCCGACACCCAUGCCACUCUUCUGCGCCCUCUGCUCCGCUCCUCUCCACUACUGCCGUGCCACUCUUCAAAACUCCUGCUACGGCUGACAAUCCUACUUUUGCUCCUGCUUCUCCAGCUGCUGCUGCUGCUGCUGCUGCUGCUGCUGCUGCUGCUGCUGCUGCUGCUGCUGCUGCUGCUGCUGCUGCUGCUGCUGCUGCUGCUGCUGCUCCCCAUUCCUCAACCUCCUCCUCUGCUCCCAUCACUACACACAAAAACACUCUCCUCAUCGCGCUCUCCUCCCCUGCAUCUGCUCUGCAGCAACUCCACUUGAGCCUUGCUGCUACCUCCGAGUCCCUCCCAGAGUAG